UAGUGUUGCUGGACUCGGCACAGGACUCGGCCAAACAGGCAAGUCUGGCCUGGACAACUUACAAGUCGGAGUCAGUGUCUCCCGUCCCUGGACAACCAGAGAACCUGGGAUGGAUGGAGGCCACAGUCAACAUGGAGAGUUUCUCGGAGCCGCUGAGGACCUACUCGUCCUGUUACGUCAAGACCUCAAACGUGGACAACUGGCUCAGGCUGCCGUACGUGGAGAGGGGCGGGGCCAACUCACUGCACAUCGACCUCACGUUCACCAUGAGAAAGUGCUCGCGAAUCGUGGACUCCUCCAACCUACAGCAGUGCAAGGAGACCUUCAACCUCUUCUACUUCGAGGCCGACUCUGACUUCGCCAACACCAUGAGGCCGUCCUGGGACGCCAUCACCUACAACAAGGUGGACAAGAUAGCCGCCGACAAGCUCUUCGUGGACUACAGUGAAAAAGAAUUCAACACAGAAACCCGACAGAUCGCCCUUACCCCUCAGGGCCCCCGCGGUGUCUACUUCGCCAUCCAAGACGAAGGAGCCUGUGUGACGCUGGUCAGGGUUCGAGUCUACUACAUCACCUGCCCCAACAUCACCAAGAACUUUGCCUUCUUUGAGGAGACCCCCACGGGCGACAAGACCUACUCCCUGGUGGAGAAGAAGGGCGUCUGUGUGGAGCACGCCACCCAACGCUCCCCUCUUUCCUACCCCUGCAGGAACGACGGGGUCUGGUUUGACGACCCCAAGGGCGAGUGUGUUUGCGAUCCAGGGUAUGAGGGCAACCAGGCCGGCACCCAGUGUACAGCGUGUCCAUCUGGCGAGUACAAGUGGUCUGAAGGCAUGGGCCCCUGUCAGACCUGCCCCGGGUACAGCUACUCCAACGGGGGCGCCGCCGAGUGCACGUGCCAGCAGAAUUACUUCAGAAGUGCCAAGGAUGCCAAGUCUGCGCCAUGCACAC